AUGACAAUAAUCGAAAUAGUCAUUCUGUUCACCCGAAAUGAUAGUCACUCUGACGAUGAGACCAUAAAAAGUGACUAUCAACAUGGAGCUGUAGCAAGUGGAUUAGCUAUUGGUGUACCGGGACAAGUCAAAGGAUUGUAUGCAGCCCAUCAAAAGUUUGGUCGCCUAUCUUGGGCAGAACUUGUUCAACCAUCUAUUGAAUUAGCUGAAAAAGGUUACCUUCAGACUGGAAUUAAUUUAAGAGCAGAAGCAUAUCAUCGUAUUGUGGAGGCAUUCAAAUUUGGCUAUGCCCAGCGAACUACUCAUCUUUGUGUGCUAGAUGAACAAGGUGAUGGAGUGGCAAUUACUAGUACUAUAAAUAGCCA